UUGAGUUUCUAAUAUUAACAGGAAAUCUUACAAAGCUGAGGUUGAACAGAGGAAGGAGGAUGUGAAAGAUUUUGUCACCUUGUUCCCUGUGUGGAGAGUGUGGAUGAUCAGCUACAUCAGAGACCUACGAGAGAUCGCAGACGACAUUUACUCGAUUCACAAACCUGGCCCGAGAGUGGGAGUCGGCCAGAGUGUGGCUGGUGGGGCUGACAACACUGCAGCUUGUGACACGGACACUGUAACCCAAACAUACAGACAGGAAAGGGUUAAUGAUAUCAGGGAACAAUAUGCAAAGGACAGCAGAGAAAUGGCAGAGUGUUACACAAAACUCUCACGAGCAGUUCGGAUCUUGAAGCAAUAUAGUAAGAAAUCAGAAACCACAUUUCCUGGUGGAGCUGAGAGUCUCACUGAACACUUGGCUGUAUUUGCUGCUGUGGCUGAAACAAUGAACAAACAGGAGACAGUGACAUCCAGGGCCGGGUCAGCAGCUCAGACAAGGCUGCCUUUCAUAUCAUCUCUGAUCUCCAGAGUAAACGAUGGGCAUUAUCUCAACCGUGGAGCCAGGGCAGAUGUUGCUAAACAUAUUCACGGUGUGGCUGAAGUGAUGGAGAAUGAAGUGAUGGCGUAUGAAGAGGUUUAUAAACAUCUGGAAGGAAAGCCUUCCUCACUGAGCUGGCAAACAGGACUGAUGAUGUGCAGAGCUUUAAAGCACAGCUCUCUGUGUGGAGGGAACAGGAAAUCUUACAAAGCUGAGGUUGAACAGAGGAAGGAGGAUGUGAAAGAUUUUGUCACCUUGUUCCCUGUGUGGAGAGUGUGGAUGAUCAGCUACAUCAGAGACCUACGAGAGAUCGCAGACAGCAUUUACUCGAUUCACAACCCUGGCAUGAAAGUGGGAGUCGGCCAGAGUGUGGCUGGUGGGGCUGACAACACCGCAGCUUUUGACACGGAUACUAAACCACAUUUCCUGGUGGAGCUGAGAGUCUCACUGAACACUUGGCUGGAUUUGCUGCUGUGGCUGAAACAAUAA